UGUGACAGCCGUUCCUCUGCUCCCUCCCGGCCCCGGCCGCCCCUCAAGCAGCCCGGGGCCGGUCCCGCCGGGCAGCUCGGGCUGCCACAGCUAAUUCCAAUCCCGCAGACCGCGCCCGGUGCAUCCCGUGCCGGUGAUCCCGUCCCGGUGCGGUGCCGGGGCGGGGCCGGCAGGGGGCGUCCCUUCCGCCCGUUCCCGUGAGCUCGGGCCCCGCCCGGCCGCUGUCGCCGCGGGGACCGGCUCGGGUUACGGGGGACACGGGCAUCCCCAGAGACCUCAGCGAAAAGGGGUUCCCGGAUGGCGGUAGGGCCCGGGCGUCCCCGGACAGAAAGGAUGGUGAGGAUCCAUGGGAUGUGGGGUGUCCCAGGAGGCACAGAAGCUGCCAAAUGGACAAAAGAGCGAGCCGGGAGGGGUUCCCCGUAGACCAGCAGCGGUAUCACCCCUGCAACAGCCUACUAAAUCCAUUCCUCCAUACUGCCUCCGGCUCCAGCUGGCUGCCGGAACACCACUCUGCUUCGCAGAGCCAUUCCUGUGUGGAGCGGCACCAGGCACGGUGACACAUUCCUCUGUGCUGCCAGGGCAAGCAGCAGUGCCUGAGGAGGAUGAAGGCAGUGGUACAGACCUGCUGUCAGAACCGGCUGGACACAGUGAGGGCAGAACUCCAGGAAAUAGAAAAAAACAAUGGAAAAUAAUCUGGGAAGCUAGUUGCUCACAUCACUCUGAAAUGAGUCUAUACAGUCAUGUUACCUUUGCUUUCCAUCCUCGGCUAAAGACAUUGUGUUGAUCUUAUAAAUGUCAAACAAUUCCCUUUCUGAGAAUGAAUCCCAUUUGCUCUGUGGGGAUGAUCUUCCCAUCAGCCUGCCAGGAGGGAGAGAGCCCUGUGACACACAGCAACCUGUGCUCAGGGGGGUCUGUUCAUGGGAUCAUUCCUUCCUGGUCUAUCCCAGCUCCUGUCCCCCGGGUGCACACAGGGCUUAUUUUCCAUGGAAAUACCACCCUGUUGGGCAGACACCCCACAGAGCAGCAGUGGUGUGGGUGUCAAGGGGGGAUCUCCUGUACCAGGGUCUGGGUUUUAGCUGGAAGACAGGUAUGGCUGUAGCUAUGGAGGCACAAGCUGAAGGAGAAAAGCCUGGAACAUGUCAGGAGGCAGGAGGCGAGUGGCUGCGUGAUAGAUUAGUGGAACUUAAUUUUUUUUCUGUUUAAAAAAAAAUGAUAAGAAAGGGGAAUUAAUUAGCCUCAGCAGCUGGUGGGGCUGGGGUUACUGAGGGUGGAUGGGAGAAGAGUUAAAAAUAGCAGGAAGGCCCAAAUGGAAAGUUUCUGUAACAUCACAAGUCAGGCAUUUGGUGCUUACCCGCCCUGACAGGCGGGAGCCUGUGCCAGAGCCCUCUCCACCAUCCUCAGCCCUUUCCCACUGACCUCCCUGCAACUUUUCACACGACAUCACCAGCCCUUCGUUUUGCUAAUUAACCCUUUGCUUCCAGACACUGGGUUUGCAUCUUGAAAGAGCAAAAUCAGCCACAAGUUGCUCAUCCUGGGAACGUGAGGGUGCCGAGGAGCACAGUGCUCAUGCUGGCCCUCCCUGGGUCCCUGCAUGUCGCUGGCAGCGUGUGGAGCCCAGAAGAGCUGUAACCCCCCUGUAUUCAUUCCCAUCUGCAUUUCAGCUUCCCCUCCUUAAAAAUCUUCCAGUUUCCAGAGGCCCUGGGUGGAUUUCACUGGUAGGUCUGAGCCCUAUGCUGGGACACUCUGGAUGCACAGUUUGUCCUCAGCUGAGACGGAGAUGGAUGAGGCAGCUCUGAGCAAGCCCAGCUUGCUGCACUUGUCCCCACUGCGAGAAAGCAGAUGUACCUGGCUGCUCCAGCGGGCUUUCUCUGCUUCUGUUUGUCUUUCAGGAUUGACAAUAAGAGCAGCUGAAUUCAUUCCUUCCCCCUCUCAGAGGCCCAGGAGUUGUGUCUGGCUCUGCUGCUCUGGGAAGGCUGGCAAGAGCUGAGUCUGCCAUACAAAGGGUGGUCUGAGGGUGGUGGAGCAGGGCUUGAGCUGGAACAGAUUUUGGUGGUUGGCAGAGUGGUCAGUGACUGUGGCAGACCAUGAGGCAUGAGAAAAUACUGCUGGAUUGACUGGGGGUCAGGUUUGGUGCUGGUUUACACUAAACAGGAGUUGGGCACUACCCUCACCUGGUUUAAAAGGGUUUCCCUCUUCCCCUAGCUGCUUGCAUGGUCCUGCAUCCCAGAACAAGCAUUUAGGGUGACCCCACUGAAAGCCAGUGCAGGACCCUGGGGACAUAGAGAGGGUGGCGCAGCUGACACAAGGCAGGCUUCCCUUUGGCCACAUUGUGCCCCCUGAUAACGGGACUGCCAUGCAGGGAAUGGGACACCUCUGAGCACAGUCCAUCUGAGCAGUCACCCUGCUCCUGCUUCUGCUCCUCAUACCCAAACAGCCAAAGCACAGUGCCUUAUUCCCUCUGUGCUUUGCUCCUCCUAACUCUCCUCUUUCUCUGGUAUGUGCUGGGUACCAAGGUGGUCCUCAGCAUUCCCACCAAGGAGGAACACUUGUCUGAUGCCAGCCCCUUGCCCAGAGCCUGGAGUAGCCAGGCUUGGAUGAGGUGCAAAGAUGACUCCAUUGCCUUCAGCCCUUCUUCCUCCCAGUCCUGCUCAGCACCUUGGGCAUUUGCAGAUGUGGUUUUAUGGCACAAUAAAAUUGUUACUGUGGUUCCUGCCCUCCCCAUCGCUGUGCUCUGAUCAUGAGGGAUGUCCUGGGACCGGCCCUGGUGCCAUGAGGCUUUGCCAAUAUAUCCCAGUGUGGUUGGACUGGUGACCCAGUGUAGGGUCAGAACAGUGCCCGCAAUGGGACACUUUGGGACAAUGCUGCCGGUGUCCGAGAUCCACAGACAGGAUCAAAUAAAAACAGCUCCUGCUAUUGCCCAUGCCAGGAGACCCUCAGCCUUGUAUUCAACCACUGCGUCUUGGAGAUAGAGCUGCACAGCCGGGCUCUGGGCUUCUGAGUCCUGAAAAAGCACAUCUCCCCCUGGGCAGGGCAGGACCGGACCGGGCUCGGCUCGCUUCCUUGGCGGAGCUGAGCCUGGGGUGGCGAGACCAGGGCCGGGAAUUGGGUUGAUGCAGCUCCACGUAGAGCCGGAGUGUGGUGGAGCCCCCGCCCGCGGAGGCGCAUCCCGCAGCAUCCCAUGUAACCCUUGCUCCCCAUGACCGGGGUACGGGUCCCGGGGGAAUUCGCCGUUCCUCGGCACCGCAAACCCCGAGGGGACCUCGGGGACCGGGCCAGGGCGGCUGGGCCGGACCGAGGGCAGUGCGGGCGGGGGUGUGUCCGGCGGGGGAGGGAUCGGAGCGGCGAGGGGCUCCACCUCCUGAGGCUUAAAGCUCGGGGCGGACGGCGGUGCGGGUGUCCCGGGAAAGUUGUGCCCGUGUUGCCAUCGGCUCGGAGCGGGAGCGGCUCCAGGAGCGGUCGGGGCUGCCGGGUGCGGGUGCCCUUGGGGGCGACACUCGCUCCCCGCCCACCCUGCGGCCCCUGCCCUCGGUGCUGGUGAUGACCCUGAACACGCAGCCCGGGAGCCGGAGCCCGCUGCGGCGGAGGGCCAGCACCCCGCUCCCGCGGCCGGGUGGCUCCGGGGCCACUUCGCGGGGUGAGUCCUAUCACCCCCAGCUCGGCCACACCGCCUCCGAGCCGGGCGGCAGAGCCCCCCGCGGCACCUGGUCCCCCGACUCCUCGGGCUCCCCAAGGCUCAGGGAGCCCCGGUACCGAGUGGUGCUGCUGGGUGACCCCGGCGUGGGGAAGACCAGCCUGGUCAACCUCUUCGCCGGCGUCCAGGAGAGGGACCUGCUGGACCAGCACGGAGGGGCCGCGUACGAGCGCAGGCUGACCGUGGAUGGGGAGGAGACCGCGCUGCUGGUGCUGGACACCUGGGAGUCAGAGCAGCGGGGUGAGGAGAGCCAGCGCCGCAGCCACUGCUUGCACGUAGGGAAUGCGUACAUCAUCGUUUACUCUGUCACUGACCGGGACAGCUUCGAGAGCGCCUCAGAGCUGCGCAUCCAACUGCGCCGUGCGCGCCAGGCUGAGGACAUCCCCAUCAUCCUGGUGGGGAACAAAACCGACCUGGUGCGGUGCCGUGAGGUGUCCGAGGAAGAGGGCCAGGCCUGCGCCGCUGUCUUCGACUGCAAGUUCAUUGAGACGUCGGCGGUUCUGCAGCACAACGUGGCCGAGCUCUUCGAGGGGGUGGUGCGGCAGAUCCGCCUGCGCCAAGGGGGCAGAAAGCCCCACCUGCACCCCACGCCUGGCCAGAAGCACAAGGAGAGCCUCGCCAGCAGAGCCCGGCACUUCCUCGACAGGCUGGUGGCCAGGAACAGCAGCAAAGUGGCCCUCAAAGUCCGUUCCAAGUCCUGCCAUGACCUGUCUGUGCUCUGAGAGCCACGGUCCUGUCCCUCCACACACGCCGGCUGGGACUCUGCUCUGGGCCAGCAGUGUGGCCAGCGGCUCUGUGAAGAGCUCAGACAGGGCUGGAGUGAUGCUGAGGAUGUGGAGCUGUUUUCACUGGUGCUGAGGGAUGUGAAGGUGCUCUGGAUCCGGCCACUCCCCUCCAGGAGAGGGGAUAAGUGGGAUCAGGUCCGUGGAGUGGAGGAUGGGAUGGGUACCUGCACUUGGGGUGGUGAGAUUUUGGAUCACAGCUGCUCCUGCAGAGCCAGAGGUGAGGGGUGGCUGUGCCCCAGAGCAGGGCUGGAGGCUACCAGGAGUGUGGCAGGUCCCACUUGCAGUGCUGUCCUUUACAGGGCAGCAGGGACUGGCAAGGGCACAGUGGCAUUGUCCACCUUGGACAGCGUGGAGCUUGGCUGGGAAGAGGGGGCAGGGGAGCACCAGCGGCAUCACCUGGCACUCUGACCCUGCUGUGCCAGGGCUUUGUGCCAUGUCUCACUGGCACCAGUGUUUCUGUGCUCUCGCUGUACUGGUGUGCUGGGGAAACCCUUGAUCUGCAGAAUAAACCACAUCAGGGA